AUGGAGUUUGACCUCUGGAGAGACUACCUCCAACUUGCCCUGGUGGUCCAGGAGAUAGCAAAGGAGGGAAGCAUGAACCAUUCUAAAGUAGCUUCUUCCAGAAAUCCCCCGAUCCCGAUGGCGGCCAGCAAAACCCCAACGCACGACGCUAGCAACGGACACGCCACCGGUGCCGAUGUCCAACCCAACGCAGAGUUAGGGUUUGCCAAGGUCAAAGCGUCAGACGGGAUGUGUAACUUCUGCAAGCACAACGGAGAGUCGCGCUUUGUUUACACGUCUCAUACUUUGAAAAGCCCGGACGGCGUAGUUACGUGCCCCAUCCUACGGAAGUACGUCUGUCCUCUGUGCGGGGCCACCGGAGAUUUUUCCCAUACCCUUAAGUACUGUCCUCUCAACCAGGAGAAAGAAUGCCUCUACCGGAAGAGCGGACGCAACUCGGCCGGCCGCAAAGUGAAGCGUUAA